CACCUAUGAAAUGCCAAUUCCUCUCUUAGUUCAUUCAUCAUGGGCUCUCCUACAAAAUCCUCAACUCUUAAGCUCAUUGCUCCUGCGUCCAUUCCUCUUCUCGUAGCAAUCAUCCUCUUCUCUUCUUAUGGAACCCCAAAACAUUCAUCGUCCGACAGAGGAUUUGGUGAUGACAAACAAGUGAUCCCAAUCGUCGGCGCGGUCGGGCCGGAGAGCUUCGCGUUCGACCCCAACGGCGGCGGCCCUUAUACUGGCGUGUCCGACGGCCGGAUUAUCAAGUGGCAGCGCAACGAAAGCCGGUGGGUUGAUUUCGCCGUUACGUCGCCGGAGAGAAAUGGGUGUGGAGGUGCAGGAGAUGAUAGUGCGAGGGAGCACGUAUGUGGGCGGCCAUUGGGCCUCCAUUUUGACCAAAAGAAUGGACAUCUUAUGGUUGCAGAUGCCUAUUUUGGCCUUCUUACCGUGACACCAAAUGGUGGCAUUGCAACUCCGGUUGCUAAACAGGCCGAAGGAGUCUCCUUUGGAUUCACCAACUCUUUGGACAUUGAUCAGGCAACUGGAGUCGUCUUUUUCACCGAUAGCAGCACCAAAUACCAAAGAAGGAAUUAUAUUUCUGCGAUAGUUAGCGGUGACGAAACGGGGAGGCUAAUGAAAUACGAUCCAGAAAGCAAGCAAAUCUCCGUCAUUCUCCGAAACCUCAAGUUCCCCAACGGCGUGUCACUAAGCAAAGACGGCGACUUUCUCCUCGUCGCAGAAACCACGACAUGCAGGAUACUGAAACUGUGGCUCAAAGCUCCAAAAACAGGGGAAGUAGAAACCAUAGCCGAACUCCCAGGAUUCCCAGACAACAUUAAAAGGAACGACAGAGGCGAGUUCUGGGUGGGAGUUCAUUCCAGGAGGAGGACAUUCAUGAAAUGGGCAUUGUCAAAAUUUUGGGUUGGGAAUGCUUUGGUCAAACUUCCGUUUGAUCUUACCAAGGCUUAUUCGUAUCUGGGCAGUGUUGUUGGUGGAUAUGGGUUUGGAGUGAGGAUGAAUGGAAAUGGAGAUGUUUUGGAGGUUUUGGAAGGUAGUGUUAAUGGGAGAAGAUGGAAGUAUGUGAGUGAGAUUGAGGAAGAAGAUGAUGGGAAUUUGUGGAUAGGAUCUGUGAAAAUGCCAUUUGCAGUUAAAGAAAAGAUAUCAACAUAGGUGUGACAUUAUUAUUACUACGGAGUAUUUAUUAAUCUUGGUUGCUCUAUACAUUAUUCCCAAAAUGUUGAAUUUCCCAAUCCAAGGACUUCCAACUCCCGGUCCGACAAAAUAACGGCGAAGAUGUAAAUCAUGAUAACUAAGCUGAACACAGAUACUAAAUAUUUAUUUACUGCAUAAACUUCAUCCCUAUGACCAACUGAGUUAUCAAUGGGGCCGUGUUGCUUUAUACAUAUUUGCACUAGUAGUACGCCCUGAGAUGGUGGAUUGCCAAUUGCCAAA